CCUGUGACCCCAGGGAAACUGUGGAGCCGCAGUGUGAAGCUGGCCUACACCCUGCUCAACAAGCUGGGGCCCAAGAACGAGCAGAUCCUCAAACCUGGCGACCGGGUGGCCCUGGUGUACCCCAACAGUGACCCUGGCAUGUUCUGGGUGGCCUUCUACGGCUGCUUACUGGCCGAGGUCAUCCCCGUACCCAUCGAGGUGCCGCUGUCCCGCAAGGACGCGGGCAGCAGCCAGGUGGGCUUCCUGCUGGGCAGCUGUGGGGUGGGCCUGGCCCUGACCAGUGAGAUCUGCCUGAAGGGGCUUCCCAAGACCCCCACCGGGGAGAUCCUCUCCUUCAAAGGCUGGCCCCGGCUGAAGUGGGUGGUGACGGACUCCAAGUACCUGACCAAGCCCUCCAAGGACUGGACGCCCCACGUCCCCACGGCCAACACGGAGCCAGCCUACAUCGAGUACAAGGCCAGCAAGGAGGGCACGGUGAUGGGCGUGGCCGUCUCCAAGGUGGCCAUGCUGACCCACUGCCAGGCGCUGACCCAGGCCUGCAACUACUGCGAGGGAGAGACCAUGGUGAACGUGCUGGACUUCAAGAAGGACAUCGGCCUGUGGCACGGCGUCCUGACCGCUGUGAUGAACAGGAUACACACCAUCAGCGUCCCCUACGCCGUCAUGAAGGCCUGUCCCCUCUCCUGGGUCCAGAGGGUGCACGUCAAUAAAGCCCGCGUGGCGCUGGUGAAGUGCAGGGACCUCCACUGGGCCAUGAUGGCCCACCGGGACCAGAAGGACACCAGCCUGGCGUCGCUGCGCAUGCUCAUCGUGGCCGACGGAGCCAACCCCUGGUCGGUGUCGUCCUGCGAUGCCUUCCUCAACGUGUUCCAGCCCAACGGUCUGAAGGCGGAGGUCAUCUGUCCGUGUGCCACGUCUCCGGAGGCCAUGACGGUCGCCAUCCGCAGGCCGGGGGUGCCUGGCACGCCCCUCCCUGCGCGGGCCAUCCUGUCCAUGGGGGGUCUGAGCCACGGGGUCAUCAGGGUCAACACGGAGGACAAGAACUCGGCCCUGACGGUUCAGGACGUGGGCCACGUGAUGCCAGGGGCCCUGAUGUGCAUCGUGAAGGCCGACGGCCCCCCCCUGCUCUGCAAGACGGACGAGAUCGGGGAGAUCGUCAUCAACUCGCGGGCCGGCGGGACCAUGUACUACGGCCUCCCGGGGGUCACCAAGAACACCUUCGAGGUGAUCCCGGUGAACUCCAGCGGCGCGCCCAUCGGGGAGAUCCCCUUCGUGAGGUCCGGACUGCUGGGGUUCGUCGGCCCGGGGAGCCUGAUCUUCGUGGUGGGGAAGAACGAGGGUCUGCUGAACGUGAGCGGGCGCCGGCACAACGCCGACGACCUGGUGGCCACCGCCCUGGCCGUCGAGCCCGUCAAGACCGUGUACCGGGGCAGGAUCUCGGUGUUCUCCGUCACCGUGUUCUACGACGAGAGGAUCGUGAUCGUGGCGGAGCAGCGGCCAGACGCCAGUGAGGAGGACAGCUUCCAGUGGAUGAGUCGCGUACUGCAGGCCAUAGACAGCAUCCACCAGGUGGGCCUGUACUGCCUGGCCCUGGUGCCGGCCAACACCCUGCCCAAGACCCCCCUGGGGGGCAUCCACGUCUCGGACGCCAAGCAGUUCUUCCUGGAGGGGAACCUGCACCCCUGCAACAUCCUCAUGUGCCCCCACACCUGUGUCACCAACCUGCCCAAACCACGGCAGAAACAGCCAGUGGGCGUGGGUCCAGCCUCCAUCAUGGUGGGUAAUCUGGUGGCGGGGAAACGGAUCGCCCAGGCGUCAGGGAGGGACCUGGGGAUGAUCGAAGACCAGGACCUGAUCCGCAAGCUCUGUAUGUGGCCCACUAUGAUGCAUCUGUAUCUGUCGGAGGCGCUGCAGUGGAGAGCACAGACGGACCCCGACCACGUUCUCUACGUGCUGCUCAACGCCAAGGGGGUGGCAGUGUGCACGGCCACCUGCCUCCAGCUCCACAAGAGGGCGGAGAAGAUCGCUGCGGCGCUGAUGGAGAAGGGCAGCAUCAACACGGGGGACAACGUGGUGCUGCUGUACCCGCCUGGUAUUGACCUGAUCGCGUCCUUCUACGGCUGUCUGUAUGCCGGCUGUGUUCCGGUCAACGUGCGGCCCCCGCACCCCCAGAACCUGGGGGCCACCCUGCCCACCGUCCGCAUGAUCAUCGACGUCAGUAAAGCCGCCUGUAUCCUCACCACUCAGAACCUCACCAGGAUCCUGCGCUCCAAAGAGGCCUCCGCCUCCGUCAACAUCAAGACCUGGCCCACCAUCAUAGACACAGACGACCUCCCGCGGCGGCGCCUCCCGCAGAUCUACAAGCCCCCCACGGCCGAGAUGAUCGCCUACCUGGACUUCAGCGUGUCCACCACGGGCAUGCUCACCGGGGUCAAGAUCUCCCACGUGGCCGUCAGCGCCCUCUGCCGCUCCAUCAAGCUGCAGUGUGAGCUCUACUCCUCCCGCCAGAUCGCCAUCUGCCUGGACCCCUACUGCGGUCUGGGCUUCGUCCUGUGGUGCCUGGCCAGUGUGUACUCAGGCCACCAGUCCAUCCUGAUCCCGCCCUUCGAGCUGGAGACCUGCCUGUCGCUGUGGCUCAGCACCCUGAGCCAGUACCGCAUCCGGGACACCUUCUGCUCCUACUCCGUCAUGGAGCUCUGCACCAAGGGCCUGGGGACGCAGACGGAGCUCCUCAAGGCCCGGGGGGUGAACCUGUCGUGCGUGCGGAGCUGUGUGGUGGUGGCGGAGGAGCGGCCCCGCCUGGUGCUGACCCACUCCUUCUCCAAGCUCUUCAAGGACCUGGGCCUCUCCCCGCGCGCCGUCAGCACCGCCUUCGGCUCCCGGGUCAACCUGGCCGUCUGCAUGCAGGGGACCACCGGCCCGGACCCCUCCACGGUUUACGUGGACCUGAAGUCCCUGCGCCACGACAGGGUGAGGCUGGUGGAGCGAGGAGCACCACAGAGUCUCCCGCUCAUGGAGUCCGGCAAGAUCUUACCGGGCGUCCGGGUGAUCAUCGUGAACCCAGAGACCAGAGGGCCACUCGGGGACUCCCAUCUGGGCGAGAUCUGGAUCAACAGCCCGCACAACGCCAGCGGCUACUUCACCAUCUACGGCGAGGAGAGCCUGCAGGCAGACCACUUCAACACCAAGCUCAGCUUCGGGGACCCCACCACGCUGUGGGCGCGGACAGGGUACCUGGGCUUCGUCAAGAGGACCGAGCUGCUGGACGCCGCUGGGGAUCGCCAUGACGCCCUCUUCGUGGUGGGCUCCCUGGACGAGACCCUGGAGCUGAGGGGUCUGCGGUACCACCCCACCGACAUGGAGACCUCGGUGUCCCGGGCCCACCGCAGCAUCGCCGAGAGCGCGGUGUUCACCUGGACCAACCUGCUGGUGGUGGUGGCGGAGCUGGGCGGCUCGGAGCAGGACGCCCUGGACCUGGUGCCCCUCAUCACCAACGUGGUGCUGGAGGAGCACCACCUCAUCGUGGGCGUGGUGGUCAUCGUGGACCCGGGGGUCAUCCCCAUCAACUCCCGCGGGGAGAAGCAGCGCAUGCACCUGCGGGACUCGUUCCUGGCCGACCAGCUGGACCCCAUCUACGUGGCCUACAACAUGUGAAGGGGUCCGGGGGCUGGACCCGGGAGCAGGGGGAGAACGGUCAGUUUCAGAGGGUAGAGAACCACAGCAUGGUGGGAGGAGAGAGGCUCCAUACCGGAGUCCCUGCUGUCUGGGGGGGGGGGUCCCUGCGUAUCUCCGAGGGAGUUGGGGAGAUGGUCCGUGCUCAGAUGGGGGUGCACCAAGGGGCAGAGCCAUUCAAUACAGAGCGUGCUACGAUUCUGCUGGAGGGAAAUGUGUGCGAUGCUUUUAUUUGCUCUCAGAAACUCAACAGGAAGGUUGUCCUCCUCUGAUUGGGUGAUGUGGAGGUCAAUCAUUCUUCUGACGACAAUCUACCCGGAGAAGGUGAGGUCGAGGAGGGAAUCGAGAACCUUGUAGACUUUAACGCGAUGCGGCCGCCAAUCUUUGCACUCCAGAAGUUCACCCUGAGCCUCUGAAAACACGAUUUCUUCCUUAGAAUUUAAGAAAAAUCCCCUAAUCCAAAUGAACCACCUUUUGACCAUGUGCCAUUCCGAUCUAGCAACUCAACUAUUUAUAAUUAUAAUCAUAAAAAAAAGAACGUACGUUGUCCCUACUUCUAAUAGCCAAAUAUCCAUCCACCAGUCCACCAUUUUGAUUUACAUCCUGCCUCCUCACGCAUUAGCAGAUCCCUGAACCCUGAAACUCUACGGUACUGAGGUAGAACUGGAGAGGCCGACUUGUAUAUCGAACCCACAAAGGCCUUCCUGUAUUUUAGAAAAACUGUGUUUCGCUGUAUAGUAAUGUUUUUUUUAUCUGUAUAAAUGUAUAAAAACCAAAUUAAUCCUCCUCAACGAUGGUUUCUUGACGACUAACUAAGCUGUGCGACGAGGGAGUGGAAUGGCGUUGUAAAUACGGAUCUAACGAGUUACACUGACUAUUAGCAGACCACGUUAAAGCACUAUUAGUACAAAAUAAACAUAUAUGACUAUGCCAUUGCACUUUCUAAAAAGAAGAAUCUAUUUUAUUAUUAGAAAAAAGGCAUUAUUAUUACCAACGUUCAGGAAUACCACUCUGAGGACCCAUUUGGGAACCAAGAAAGUUGACCAAGGGCCCCAAUGUCUUUAGUGCCAUGGUCUUCUUCUGCAGACUUUAGGAUUCAGAUCUUAUCGUGGAUGAGAGUGAUGGGAAAACAACUUGACUGUUUUCUCUCAGAUAUUUCCAAACGUGUGACCGCUUUGGUACAGCUGAACUAGGUGUUCUCCAAAUCUCCUGAGGCUGUAGAACACCCUAAAGUACCAAGACCCUCAUAGCUCUCAUUUUGAUCUCCUGAGGAGGUCGAACACACUAAGGUACCAAGACCCUCCAAGCUCUCAUUUUGGUUUGAGAGCUCCAACCAAGAGUACUUUAGUUUAGAAUUCAUCAGUGUCUCAUUUGUCCUUGUUCACCUGUUUUGUUAUUUUCUUUGACAAAAUAUGACUGUAAUGGCUCACUUGUGUUUUAGAUUUUUUUUUCUGUAUCAAAUCACUGGAAUUAGAUACUUUAUAUAUGCAAUUUUAAAAUCUGAGCCACUGAAAUCAGAAAUCCGUUUUGGCUGACAAUUACAGGUAGUCUUUUGCAGAAAUAAUAGGGGAAUUAUGUUAUUUAAUGUAUUCGACUUGUGUUGUACAGCUGUAUGCGUGUGUGCGCGCAUGUGUGUGUGAGAUGUGUGUGUGUGUGUGUGCUGCAUAUGGUUGUUACAUCAGGAACAACAUACAAAUGAUUUGUAUGUUUCAUGUAAUUAAUUUGUAUUCUAUUUGGUUUUCCUUGUACUUGGAAUAAUUAGCUCCAUUCCUGUGAACUACUUUACGUGUUGAUGUGUCUAACCUCUGCUGUCAACAUGGUAAUGGGUGUAUUAUUUUCUUCAUUUUAAACGUAUUGAAUCAUACAUCAAUACGAGUAAGUAGAUCAAGACUCAAAUGUCAACUUCAUUCACUCACAAAUCACAAAAAUAAUUUGUUUGAUGGGAAGCAUUGCAAUUUAUUUGAACAAUCCCACAUGAGAUAGCGCCCCUUAAAGAACACUGUGCACUUACUUAAGUUAAGAGUUAAGAUUCCUCCCAGGGUACCUGGUGUAAUGGGCCCUACUUUAGGGUCCCAUGUCUUACUUUGAAGAAAAGCUUUGACGUGAUUUAAGACACAUUUAGGGAAUGAAAUGCAUCCUGUUCCAACUGCUUUCAGUUUACAUGCAAAGCCCUCCAUGCAAUGUCUGCAUGACUCGCUGGCCAAGCAGAGCACAGGAAGGAGAUAUUGGUUUUGUUUAAAAAAUAAAACACAUAUAUACAAGUUGUAUUCAGGAACUAAAACUCUGACAAGGCAGGGAAGGACCGAAUGGUCGUUUGGUGCAAUCUGUGAAUAUAAUCUGUUACUAUUGCUGAUGUUUGUUAAAGAACUUCCAAUAUGGCUGACGUCGCAAACCCACCGAGUAUAAAGAAGGGUUUUGGACACCACAGUGUCCAUCACCGGCUCUCUGCCUGCUUCACUGGAGUCUUAAGGGCUUCCCCGGUCUCUCUGGUCUUCUCCGUGAGGGGUCUUCUUACACACUAUGCAAUCGGUUACAGUGCAGUUCAGUCGCAGAACUCGCACAACCUGUCAAAAAUACACAAUGCUUAUACAUUUUUGUAAUGAUCAUAUGGUUAACAACAUGACUAUAUGGCUAACUAACGAUGUCUAAAAGACUAUAUAUUAUCUCAUGAGUUGUCUUAUGAAUAUUUUGUGUAUGCACCCUUGAUAUGCUGUAUAUAAAUUAAAGUCCAGACUGCUCUAUUGACGGGCAAUUUACUGACAAAGGUUUGAUGCUUGGGAGGUGUUUUGGAUAUUAAUAAAAGAAAAAGAAAUGGUUAAAAA